GAGCUCCGGUCUUUGGACUUGUGCUUCUCAUCCUUCAGAAUUCCAAUCCAGGGACCUAUCUGUUUAGGGUGCAUGUGAACACACCUCUUGGAAGCUGUAGCGAUACCCAGUCGAGCUCAGUAUCGACCAUCUCUCCCCUCAUCCUUCCUUAUCCUCCUUACAUUAUGGCGUCACCUGUGGCCUCGGCAGCCCUGAAGGCCCGCAUCCGCCGGCCGUCGAUGCUGAAGCAGCUAUGCCGACCCGAGGACAUGUUGCGCCAUUUCCCCAAUGGCUCGUACAUUGGCUGGUCUGGUUUCACCGGCGUGGGAUAUCCUAAGAAGCUUCCUACCUUCUUGGCAGACCACGUUGAGAAAAACGGUUUGCAGGGCAAACUCAAGUACUCGCUCUUUGUGGGUGCUUCAUCCGGAGCCGAGACGGAGAACCGAUGGGCCUCGCUCGAUAUGAUUGAGCGCCGCAGUCCUCAUCAGGUGGGAAAGGCCAUCGCGAAAGGAAUCAACGAGGGCCGCAUCAAUUUCUUCGACAAGCACUUGUCGAUGUUUCCCGUCGACCUUCUUUACGGAUACUACACCAAGGACCGGACAGACGGCAAAAAGCUGGAUGUGGUGGUUGUGGAGGCGACUGACAUCCUGGAGGACGGCAGUAUCGUCCCCGGUGCCUCAGUUGGCGCAACCCCUGAGUUAAUCCAAGCCGCAGACAAGAUCAUCAUCGAAGUCAACACUUCAUUGCCGAGUUUCGAAGGGUUGCACGACAUCACCAUGACUGAGUUGCCCCCGCGCCGAAAGCCUUACCUCAUCAUGGGUGUGGAGGACAGGAUAGGAACCACAUCCAUCCCGCUAGACCCCGAGAAGGUGGUGGGCGUGAUCGAGUCAGACUAUCAGGACCAAACAUCGCCAAACACUCCACCGGACGCGUCAUCUGCUGCGAUUGCGCACCAUCUCAUCGAGUAUUUUGAGCACGAAGUCAAGCACGGCCGUAUGCCCAAAUCUCUGCUCCCCAUUCAGUCCGGUAUCGGCAACAUCGCCAACGCCGUCAUCGGCGGGCUGAGCGAGUCCAACUUCUGGAAUCUCAAGGUCUGGACCGAGGUCAUCCAAGAUACCUUCCUCGACCUGUUUGAUUCCGGUAGACUCGAAUUCGCCACCGCCACCUCUAUCCGAUUCUCGCCUGAAGGAUUCAAGCGCUUCUACGACAACUGGGAGUCCUACUACGACAAGUUGCUCCUCCGGUCGCAGCAAGUGUCCAACUCCCCUGAGAUCAUUCGACGAUUGGGCGUCAUCGGAAUGAACACUCCGGUGGAAGUUGACAUUUACGCCCACGCCAACAGCACAUGCGUAAUGGGCUCUCGUAUGCUCAACGGCCUCGGCGGGUCCGCCGAUUUCCUUCGCUCAGCCAAGUACAGCAUCAUGCACACGCCAUCCACGCGACCAUCGAAGACGGACCCCCACGGUGUCAGCUGCAUCGUCCCCAUGUGUACGCACAUCGACCAGACCGAGCACGACCUCGACGUCAUCGUGACCGAGAACGGACUUGCCGACGUGCGAGGUCUGGCUCCGCGCGAGAGAGCCCGCGUCAUCAUCGACAAGUGUGCGCACGAAGUCUACAAACCCAUUCUCAAGCACUACUUCGAGAAGGCCGAGUAUGAGUGUCUGAAGAAGGGCUGGGGUCAUGAGCCGCACUUAUUGUUUAACAGUUUCGAUAUGCACAAGGCCCUCGUCGAGGAGGGUAGCAUGCAGAAGGUCAAGAGCUGGUAAGAUUAUCUAUUGUGCCACUGCUUUGAUAAGAUGGGUACAUACUUGCAUAUAUAUUAUGUGAAUGUAUAAAUUAGGAUAUCAGGGCACUCUGCCCAUUGUUGGACAGUUUGUAGCACUUAGAGAACGUAAGGCACAACAAUCUGUACAACUCUAGUAGCUACGGAUAUAAGAUAUCUGCCGCAGUAUUGUAGCAAUGUUCAGUGCUUACUAUUCGGGUUCAACCAAUAAAGUAUGCUAGCGUUAGGCCGGAAAAUACCCCUGGCCGCCAUCGUAAAACCCGAUGUCAGUUGAGCAAUUCUAGAAACCUGUCACUUAAUCCUCAGGGGUGAUUUUAGUUCCGUUAAAAUUAUCCAAUAAUAUGAACCGGAUAUGGCAAGGUAUACGGUGG